UUUGCGUCCUGUUCCCCAAACACCAACAGGAGAAAGUUUACGCCCUCUUUCUCAAACUUUAUUAGAAAAAAAUGAUUUAGGGCCUGCCUCCGGAACGACAGAAACAAAAGGAAAAGGUAUGCGUCUUGUUCCUCAAACACCAACAGGGGAAGGUUUACGUCCUCUUUCUAAAACUCAUUUUUCAAAAGAAAACAAUUUAGGACCUGUAUUCGUCAAGACAGAAACAAAAAGAAAAGGUUUACGUCCUGUCCCACAACCACCAACAGGGGAAGGUUUACGUCCUCUUCCAAAAACUCAUUUAUUAGAAGAAAAUGGUUUGGGGCCUGCUUCCGGUACGACAGAAUCAAAAGGAAAAGGUUUGCGUCUUGUUCCUCAAACACCAACAGGGGAAGGUUUAAGUCAUCUUUCUAAAACUCAUUUAUCAAAAGAGAAUGGUUUAGAAUCUGUCUCCAGCCCGACAGAAACUAAAGAAAAAGAUUUACGACCUGUUCCUCAACUAUCCACAGGGAAAAGUUUACGUUCUCUUUUUAAAACUUAUUUAUCAGAAGAAAAUGGUUUAGAACCUGCCUCCGACCCGACAGAACCAAAAGAAAGAGGUUUACGUCCUGUUCCACAAACACCAACAGGGGAAGGUUUACGUCCACCUUCUAAAAUUCAUUCAUCAGAAGAAAAAACUUUAGGACCAGCGUCCGACCCGACAAAAACAAAGGAAAAAAGUUUACUUCUUGUUCCCCAAUCACCAACAGGGGAAGAUUUACGCCCUCUUUCUAAGACUCAUUUAUCAGUAGAGAAUGCUUUGCGACCUACCCGAAGUGCUACACAAACAAAUGGAAAAGGUUUACGUCCUAUACCUAUUCCGGAAGAAUCGGUAAAAACUAGUUUACGUAAUGUUCCACAACUAUUAACAGAAGAAGGAUUACGUUCUUUUUCUAAAACACACAUAUCAGAACAGAAUGGCUUACGACCUAUCAGCGGUCCGACACAAACAAUGAUGUUAUGUCCUGCUUCUAAAACUAAUUUGUCGGAAGAAAAUUAUUUGCGACAUGUCAGCAAUCCGACACAAACAAAUCAGAAAAACUUGCGUCCCGUUCCUAUUGUUUCAAUAGAAACUGGCUUAGGUCCUGUUCAUCAGCCAUCAACAGAUGAAGGCUUAUGUCCUGUUUUUAAGCCUCAAUUCUCAGAAGAGAAUGGUUUGCAAGUUAAAACUGGACAACAUUCUACACAUAAUUUCAAUUCAUCAGGAGAGAUAGGUCUGCGACCUGUUCGUGUUCUUCCGGAAUCAACAGAGAUGAUAGGUUUGAAAUCUGCUGUUCUUGUUCCUUCAGCAGAAGAGACAAAUUUGUCAUCGGUGGAGAUAAGUCUGCAACCUGUGUAAUACAUUAUUUUUUAUAUUUAAGUAGCACGCGUUAAUUAUUAUUUUUAAUCUCUCUUCGGAGUUAGUAUAUUUUUGAACUUUAUAAUAAAUCUAUAAACAAUGAAAACAAGAUGCAGAUUAAUAUCAAAGCUUUAUAGUUUCUAUAGAGAUAAAUAUUUAAUUAGUAAUGUUUUUAUUUUGAUUGAUAGCUUAUCAUAUCAAUAAAUUAAUAGUUAAAAUUGUAUGGUAUUUUAGUUUUUCAUAACUUACAUUGCAGUGAGUACGUUUCUAAAGCUAAUUUAUCAUAAUGCCUUGCUGCCUCUUUUCAAUAUGCCGUUCUAAAAAGAACAACGACAAUUUUCCUACAAAACAAAUGAGGACACCACCAAAUACAGUAAAUAUACAACCUCCAAAAAACUAUAAUGUGAUAAACACAACAAGUGUACAACCAGCCAACGCGAGUACAUCAAGAAAUGUUAUUGAAGAAACUAGUGUGAUGCCUGCUUAAUCCGAAUGAAAAAUAUAAUUGUAUCUUAUCCAAUUCAAUAUAUUAAUGUAUAAUUCGUAAAUAACAGAUUUUAAAUUUGAAAA